AUGUCCCCAGGCUGCUCUGCAAGCAGUGAUGUGCACACAAAUCACCUGGGAUCUCGUCAUGAGGCCGACUUGGACCAGGAGGUAGAGGAGAGUGAGCACGGGUCCCCGUGCCAGCCCGCCUUCUCCGGUGCUUGCCCUGGUCUUAGCAUCGGCCAGCCCCACAGGAGGAGAGGGCUCAUUCUCACAGUCACCCACCAGAGAAAUGCCAGCAACAGACAGAAGCAGUACACUGGGCCCCUGCCGACCGUCACACUGCUGGGACAACCCACACCUGCUCCAGGUCAGUGCAAGUUCAGGGCACCUCCCCGCUAUCUCAAUCCGUGGGACUCAAGGGAGGGUGACCCCUUGUUCCAAGCUCCGGAGCACUUUGUCCCCCUGACCAGGGACAAACACGUGGCCCAAGAGAGCCAGAGAGCUGGGCCCAGGAGUCCUGGUGGGAUGGAUGUGAAAGAGCCCCUUCCUCCGACCUCCAGGUCAAAGCCUGGCACUGCCUGGGGCCCAUCCUGCCGCAGCGUGGGCAGAGCCAAGAAGGAAGAGACCAGAGCAAGUGGCAGGGACAGUCACCAUCAAACCUCACCAGGGCACUCGGACCUACUGUGCCUGAAACCAGGCACUUCUUCAGUUAAGCGAGUAAUAAACCCUGCUCUUGGCUUGAGCCAGUCUGAGAAGGCCUUCUGUCACUUAGCCUUACUAGAAGGAGAAAGUAAUCCAGAGAUACUGAUCUUGACUGAGCGCAUUGAAAACGUGCCACAAGAGUUCAGAAAAACAUCCUAUCAGUAUGCCAGCACGGUGCUGCAGAGGGAAAAUGAGCGAAAUCUGUUUCCCAGGCGGAAAGCACCUCCGGCCAGCUUCAGCCACAGCCUGGCGCAGCGCUCUCACCUGUCGGCAAAGCCCGGAGCUCGGCCCGCCGUCCCAGGUGCUGCGGGCAGUGGCUUCCUAGGCUCGGGAUAUUCUUCCCUAACCGCUACCCGGUGGGAGAAAACUGACGGCAAAACUGCCGACUCUCAGGAAAAACCUGCCAACAGCCAAGCCAGCGUCAGAACUUUCUCUCCAGUGCCCGGUCUUUUAAGGGAUACUGAGGCUCCAGCGAAAACAUUCCCCGAAAGACCGAGAACCGCAGGUACAAAGGCCGCCUCUGCUAAUGUAGCCAGAGAGCCCGCCCUUGCCCAAAAGCCCUAUCGGGACAAUGUGUCGGCAGGUGCUUCCAAAAGCACGCGGUCAAGUGAGAGAACCGUCCUUGUGGAAAAGAAGACGGGGGCUAACGUCACGAGAGAGCAGGAGAGAAACAGGCCAGGUGCCAUCCAAACAAAGUGGGAAGAGAAGGUGUUUGAUUCCAAAGAGAAGGCUUCAGAGGAGAGGAAUCUAAGGUGGGAAGAGCUGACAAAGUUAGAUAAAGAAGCAAGAAAAAGAGAAAGCCAGCAAAUGAGGGAAAAGGAGAGAGGGAAGGAGUCGGCGAAGGAGAAGAGUGUUCGAGAAAGAGAGGUACCGAUCAGUCUAGAAGUCUCCCAGGACAGCACACCAGGGGUGGCCCCGAAAGGUUUGCAGACUCCCCUCCAGGGGGAUGCUCGUGACGGUGCAGGCAGAGGCAUGGAAAAGAGGGAGGCCAGGUUCAGGCUGGACCGCGGCGACACCACCAGCUCCCCGAAGGGUGACUCCACGACUGAAACCAUAGCCGAAAACAUCGUCUCCAGUAUCCUGAAGCAGUUUACCCAGUCUCCUGAUACAGAGACAUCUGCUAAUUCUUUUCCGGACACGAAGGUCACUUACAUGGACAGGAAGGAGCUUCCCGGCGACAGGAAAACAAAGACUGAGAUAGUCGUGGAGUCGAAACUGACCGAAGAGGUGGAUAUUUCAGACGAGGCUGGCCUGGACUAUCUUCUGAGCAAGGAUGUUAAGGAGGUGGACCUGAAAGGAAAAUCGGCUGAGCGGAUGAUAGGAGACAUAAUCAACCUUGGUCUGAAAGGAAGAGAGGGGAGGGCAAGGGUGGUCAACGUGGAGAUCAUUGAGGAGCCCGUGAGCUAUGUCGCUGGUGAGAAGGCGGAUGAGUUUUCUACCCCCUUCGAAGUGGAGGAGGUUGAUGAUGUGUCUCCGGGCUCCAAGGGGCUGGCUGAGGAGGAAGAAGGUUAUGGAGAAACAGACGUCAUGUUCUCAGGCAAUCAGCAUAAAAAGACCAAGCGGCCCCAAGAGAAUGUAACUCACGUUGAAGAAGUAAUGGAGGCGGGUGACUCAGAGGGAGAGCAGAGUUAUUUUGUGUCGACCCCAGAUGAGCACCCUGCGGGGCAGGACAGAGACGAGGGCUCGGUGUAUGGGCAGAUCCACAUUGAAGAAGAGUCCACCAUCAGGUACUCUUGGCAAGAUGAAAUCGUGCCAGGGACUCGGAGAAGAAUAAAGACAGAUGAUGGGCUGGGGGAGAAGGUGGUGAAGCCGUCGGACAUCUCAGAACCUUCUGCGGAGGAGGAGGUGGGUUAUACUCACUGGAAGGAACAAGCUAGAAGUGGUGAAUUUCAUGCUGAGCCCACAGUCAUCGAGAAGGAGAUUAAGAUACCACCUGAGUUCCACAUGUCCAUUAAGGGAUCCUUCAAGGAGCCCAGACACCAGCUGGUGGAGGUUAUCGGGCAGCUGGAAGAGAGCCUUCCGGAGCGCAUGAAGGAAGAGCUGUCUGCUCUCACCAGAGAGGGUCAGGGCGGGCCCGAGAACGUUUCAGUCGACGUAAAGAAAGUCCACACCUCCGGGGGUAGGUCCGUGACCUUGGUUGCCGAAGUCAACCUCUCGAGAACCGUGGAUGCCGAUCAGUUAGACCUGGAGGAGCUGAGCAAAGACGAAGCCAGUGAAAUCGAGAAAACCGUGGAGUCAGUGGUACGAGACAGUUUGGCCAGGCGGCACAGCCCGGCGCCUGGAAGCCCAGACGAGACCGCAGAGGAGCCCCCGGCUGCCGGCUUUCACUUCAAGCGCUGGGCCACCCAGGAACUGUACCGCCCUGGCGGUGAGGAGGGCAAUGCCAGCCGGGCCUCUCAGGGCACAGAGCAGGUCGCUUCCCCAGGUCCGGUGUCAGCCACGGUAGAAGUCACCAGCCCGAGGGGCUUUGCCCAGUCACACGUGGUAGAGGACGUGAGCCGGUCUGUCAGGCGUGUUAAAGUAGACCCCACUGGGAUUUGGAGGACUGAGCAAGUCUCACGAGAAGGACCCACUGCACAAGUGGUGGAGGUAAGUGGGGAAGGGGACCUAAGUCCAGCCCUGAGCUCGCCAGGAGCCACCUGGUCUGUGAGGCACUUCACCCUGAGUCCUGAUCAAAGUCAAGUGUCCCAGGAAGUCUUCUUCCAAAGGUCUGUCCCUGCCUUUCGGGAGGCAGGGGGCACAGAAGAGCCUGGCCUGUCCACAGAUGUGGACACAGCGGGGAGGCGCAGUGUGUUUGGCUCCGAACAAUUUCAUGCUGAAAGGGAAAUUGCUUUUCAGGGCCCCAUUUCUGGGUCGGGGAAGGUUGGCAAUUAUUUUCAAACAGAAGAGUGUACCCAGACUUCUGUAAAGGACCUUCAGGUGGGCCCCAGAGAGGGGUUCGGGGAGCAGAUCCAGUUCAGAGCCCCCCUUUCAGACAGAAGGGCGUUGAGUAUCAGGGAAGCUUCCGUGAGCACUGAAGAGUGGUCAGGGGACGGCACAUCCAUUAGGCAGGUCACGGUCUGGGCUCAGCAGCAUCAGACCACUGAGCACAUAGUUCCCCUGCCCCGGGAAUUCAGCCACUCAGAAAGCAGUGCCCAUGGAGAGGGCUCGGCAGACGUGAGCCAGGCUGCGCGUAGUUCCACUGUGGGUGGGAGGAUCCUGAUGACCGGAAAGAGCACCUUCCAAAGUGCCAGUUCCCAGUGGCCUCAGGAGGCCAGUGUGGGAGAUGCACGAGGGGCAGAGGAGACACCGGGCAUGAGCAGAGCCUUUAGGCACAUUUGUCUGGGUCCCGCAGAGACCAUAGCCUCUGAACGGGUUGUCUUCCACGAGCCCGUUUCCAAAUCGCUUGCACCUGCCGGUUCAGCGGGCUCCCCUGAGCUAGGCGAGUUGGCAGACGGCAGCGGGGUGCUCAGGCUCGUGGCACAGGGCCCCAAAGACUCUCCGUUUACCUUUCAGAUGGACAUAAGUCACGUGGAGGCGAGCCCCCGCUGGACGCAAGACACCACGGUCUUCUUCCCCGCAGGGACGGAAGCGGCGGCUCAUGGUGCCCCUGACCGUGGUGCCUGGAGAGACGGGGGCAGUGGGAAUGCCUGGGUGGCCAGCGUGAGCUUUCAGGGCUCUUCCGGGGACGGACACCAGGUCCCCGGGGAACAGGGCAAGGCACAGGCUGAGUUUGACAGGACGGUGCAGCUACAGAGGAUGGUAGACCAAAGGUCGGUGAUUUCGGAUGAAAAGAAAGUUGCCCUCCUCUAUCUAGACAAUCAGGAGGAGGACAAUGAGGGCCACUGGUUUUGA